AUGGCCAGACCCACCCUCCCCAAAGCGGUCCGUCCGCUCUGGCGACGGACCUUCUCAAUAACCGCCUCCCAGCGCGCCAUCAACAAAAUAUGCGCCUCCGCGCCCGAAGCAAUCCAAGAGAUGAAGGGCUCGUCGACCGUCCUCUGCGGCGGCUUCGGCUUCUCCGGCGUCCCCAACACGCUCAUCAACGCCGUGCGCGAUCGUCCCGAUAUCACCGACCUAACCGUCGUGUCCAACAACGCCGGCAUGCCGGGUAAGGGACUAGGUCAGCUGCUUGAAACGGGCCGCAUCUCGAAGAUGAUUGCGUCGUUUAUCGGCGAGAAUAAGGUGUUUGAGAAAAUGUAUCUGAGUGGUGAGCUCGCGCUCGAGUUGACGCCUCAGGGCUCGAUCGCCGAGAAGUGUGCUGCGGGCGCUGCUGGUGUUCCUGCUUUUUAUACCCCUGCUGCUUAUGGGACGAUUGUCCAAACCGGUGCCCUCCCCAUCAGAUACAACAAAGACGGCAGCGUCGCCGAAACAUCCCAGCCCAAAGAGACACGCCAAUUCAACGGAAAGAACUACCUCCUCGAAGAAUCCAUCUUCGGCGACUACGCGCUCGUCAAAGUGCACAAAGCCGACAAGCUCGGCAACUGCACCUUCCGCAAAGCAAUGAACAACUUCAACGAAGCGAUGGCCAAGAACGCAAAGUACACCGUCGUGGAAGCGGACCAUAUCGUUGACGUCGGCGAGCUUGCCCCUGAGGAUAUUCAUCUGCAGGGGAUCUACGUGAACAAGGUUAUUCAGAGCGAGGGCGGCGCGCAGAUUGAGAAGUUGACGAUUGCGCGCGAUCCCGAGGAAAUGCUCAAGGGCGGGGACUCGGAGGUGACGGCUAGGCGUGAGCGGAUCGUGAAGCGCGCUGCUAAGGAGUUCCGCGACGGCAUGUAUGUGAACCUGGGUAUUGGGAUGCCGCUGAUUGCGCCGUCGUAUCUGCCUGAGGGCGUGGAGGUUAUCUUGCAGGCUGAGAAUGGCAUCCUCGGGCUAGGCGGCUACCCUUCCUCUGCUGAGGAGGCCGACCCCGACCUGAUCAACCCCGGCAAGGAGACCGUCACGCUCAACAGCGGCGCCUCGGUGUUCGGCUCCCACGAGAGCUUCGGCAUGAUCCGCGCAGGCCGCAUCGACCUGACCAUGCUGGGCGCGCUGCAGGUCAGCCAGUACGGCGACCUCGCGAACUUUAUGCUGCCUGGAAAGGUCAAGGGCGUCGGCGGCGCGAUGGAUCUCGUGGCUAACCCCGAGAAGACCCGCGUGGUCGUCACCAUGGAACACACUGAUAAGAAGGGCAAUUCGAAGAUUCUGCCCGAGUGUACGUUCCCGCUGACGGGGCCGCGCUGCGUCUGGAAGAUUAUUACCGAUCUGGCGGUGUUUGAGGUUCAUCCGACGGAUGGGCUGACGCUGGCGGAGCAUGCGGAGGGGGUUACCGUUGAGGAGAUUCGGAAUUAUGAAUGA